GUGGGAUGGGUACGCGUCGAUAGUGUGUCUCGCCUCGAGCCCCGCUUUCCGAAUCACGGCCACGAACGACCACGAAAUCAUCGCGAUUUUUUCUUUCGUUCGUCGAUCCAUCCCCGUAAAACGUUUCGCCAUCGCUUCGCCAACUUCCUUUCAGCGAUCCUCGCGCGAUAUCGAGCGGCCAAACCCUUCGACCGAAAACCUAACCUCGCAUUCGUCCGCCGUCCCGUCCCGUCCCGUCUCGUUUCGUUUCGUUUCGUUUCGCUGUGGCGUUGGCAUACGUUUCAUUUCCAAGUCGAACGCGGUCGAAACACGGUCGACGAUUAUUCGACGGUCGUCCGAAUGAUAGAAGGCGAGUAACGGCCGAUUUUACGCCUCGUUGUUUACUCGUCAGGGAUCGGACACAAAGGAAUCACGGCGCUCGAUGAUCGUGCGAUCGGUCGUGGCGGUCGCGUCGAGGCGACGGUGCACGGUGCGCGGAAAAGUAUGGUCACGACGUGUACUGUCUCGAACGACCUUGGCCGAUCGAAGAACGUGGAAGAAAACAACACGCGAAAAACAAAAAAGAAAGGACGAAACUUGUCCUCGUUCCUCGAUUGCCUUCGCCGACGACCUGGCUUCGUCCUUUUGUUGCUGCCCGCCGCUCUCCUGGCCAGCCUCUACGCGGUCUCUUCCGAAGAGGAUUACGAUUUCGAUCCACGAUAUUUCUAUAACAACAACGACGAUGAUGAUGACAACGAUGAGGACGACGAAGCGAGGCUCGACUCCAAGGCGACGUUGGACGGGUAUUUAGUAUGGAAUCCGAGAUGUCAGAUGCCGUCCAAGAAACCUUUCGAUCCAUCCAUCCUUCCUUACGUGAAGAGAGAAAAGUUCGAAAGAUGUUCGUCCACGCCACCGUUGACUAGAAUCACCCGUCGGGAGAACGGCACUAUCGUCCUUUCCUUGGAUCCCGCAGCGAACUCUUCCCGUCUCAAGUGCUGCUGGUCGGCCGUGUUCAGAGGCGAGAAACAACCGAAGAAACCCAGCAAGAAUAACAACGUCGAUACCUCGAUCGUAGUGAAACAAUGCGAGAAUUUCGAGGGGGAAACGAGAUUGGAGGAGGAAGGGGCGGAAGCCGCGUUGGUGAGUUGCAACCUGGUCGAGUCGACGAACGGAACGGAAAAGAAGAAAUCGAGACCGAUCUACGAAAACGUUCACGCGAUCCUCGACGCGAGUAAAGUGGCCGAUCGAUCGUCGAGAAAUGAUACGCAAUUACUUUCCAUCUCGAAGAAAUUGAGCGUUCUCAUGUUAGGGAUCGACAGCGUGAGCCGUUUGAACUUUAUACGAAGCGCGCCCACCACCGAGAGAUACCUCCUCGAGACCGGAUGGAUUCGACUCGACGGUUACAACAAAAUGGGCGACAACACGUUCCCAAAUCUGAUGGCGAUCCUCACAGGGCAGAAUCAGCAACAGGCGUACACGAUCUGCAAACCUACCGUCCCCACCAUGCUCGAUCGUUGUCCUUUCCUCUGGCGAAAUUUCCGGGACGCGGGAUACGCGACCGGUUACGGGGAGGACGAGACAUCUCUCAACACGUUCAAUUAUCUCAAGAUGGGAUUCUUUCGGCCACCGACCGAUUAUUACCUUCGACCGUACAUGCUCGCUUGCGAGAAAUUGCUCAAAGUGAAGAAGAGAUUCGGAUUGAAGUAUUGCACCGGGCCCGAAACGAGCUUCGACAGAAUCUUGGAUUACGCGAUCGAGUUCGCCAGCUCGUUUCCUCUCGAUCUACCGUACUUCGGCUUUUUCUGGACGAUCAGCGUGAGCCACGAAAACGCGAACGGAUUCUCGUCGAUGGAUGAUCGAUUGCUCGACAAGUUGAAACGAAUGGAGAGGGAGGGGGUGUUGAACGAGGCGAUGAUCGUGUUGCUGAGCGAUCACGGGAUGCGAUGGGGACCGAUCAGAGACACGUUCGUCGGUUGGUACGAGGAGCGACUACCGUUCCUUUACGUUUGGCUGCCGAAAUGGUUCCGGGACGAGAGGCCGGGGGCGUAUCGAUCGCUACGCGCCAACCGGAAUCGGCUUACCUCCCCCUUCGACCUGUACGAGACGUUGAGGGAGGUGUUGAGUUUGUCGGGUGGGAGGGCGAAUCCGGCCUCCGGUUGCCCAAAGUGUCGAAGCCUCCUCUCAGGUCCCGUACCCCGAAUCAGAGGUUGUUCCGACGCUGGCAUCUCCUCCCAUUGGUGCGCGUGUACCACGUUCCAACCGGCCGAUCCCCGCGAUCCCCUCGUCCGUAGAGGAUUGCGAACGUUUCUCGAGCAUGUGGACAACGUGUUGGACCGGUAUCGGGACAAGAGGGGCAGACGAGUGUGCGCGAGACUCGGUUUGAAGAAGUUGCAUAGAGUGGAUCAGGUGAUCAAUUUUGAACGAAAUCGCGAUAGCAACGGUAGCCGCGUCUAUUUCUAUCUGAUACAGGUGAGCCCGGGCGACGGAAAGUUCGAGUUCACCGUUCGAUACCACGGCGAGAACGGUACGUACACCGUGUCCGAUCACGACGUGAGCAGACUCAAUUCUUACGCCUCGGCCGCCGAAUGCCUGAAUCGUGGGAUAAAACAAUAUUGUCACUGUCUCAAGAUAAAACGAUGA